AUGAGCUUCAAGUCUUGCAUUCUCACCCUCAUCCUCGGGGCCGCCGUCGUCAGCGCCGGAUAUGUCGCGCAAGUCGGCAGCGGACACGGAGGCGGCUACGGCGGCGUCGGCGGCAGCGCAGCCGUCUACGCCGGCGUGCAGAGCGCCUACAGCGGCUACGGCGGCGGCAUUAGCGUUGGCCACGGGGGAUCCUCCUCCUACUACGGACCAAGUUACUUCGUGGCUCCCGCUGGCAACUACCACGGGGGUUACUUCGGCGGCAGCCUCGGCGGCGUCGGCGGCAGCGGCUACGGCGCUGGGUCUGCUGGAGGAUAUGGACACUAG